GCAACGUGGAGAAGAAUGGGCGGUUACGUCUCCAUCGUUGCUGCUUCGUAAUUUCAGUCAAAAUAUAUGUAAUAUAAUAAACGAGCCAUAUAAAUAAUAUUUGUUGGACGGCUGAAAAAGUUGUUGAAUCGGUGAUAAUUAAUGUCAUUCAACGAAUAAGUCGCGCACCAACUCUAAAUAAAACCGAAUACCGGAUCAAAGUAAAAUAAUACUACGAAUAUUAAUAGUAGAUUAUCGUACGUACAGAUUACAUUAACUUAAAUAUUGAUAUAUUUCGUUGAAUCAGCACGUUCAUGUUUUGUUAGCAUAAAUUUCAUUUCGGUUAAACUACCGUACCGUUUUGUUUGUAAAUUUUUCGUUCUAAAUAGGAAAGGUGUCAUCGUAUAAUUUAUUCGUUCACUUCACCCUACCGGUCUCCCGUAAUUAUCACCUUCCAUUGGUGACUAGGACAAUCUCGCCUGUUUGUGUCUAAUAAAAUUAACAGGAAUUCGAAAGACCGCAGACCAGUCGUCGCACCAUGCCUACCCUUCUGCAACAGCUCGGACGAUCGUAUUACGCCGAAUGUGGAACCGGCUCGGAUUGUGACGCUCAAAGUCCAACUAAUCAUCACCCUACACAACAGCAGUCGCAGCAACAGCAACAGCAACAGCAACAACAACAACAACGGGAACGAGAGCAGCAACGGGAUCAGCGACGCGAUCGCGAUCGCGAACGGGAACGAGAACACCUUCAUCAACUGCAGUCGAUCACCAACUUGCUUUUGGAUCUUCCCUCCGCGUCUUCUUCCGGUUCCUAUGUUCCCAGUCGUGCACGCGAAGGAUCAUGUCAAAGGACUUCGGGGGGAUCCAUCACCGAUGGCGAUAUGUCGAUCUCGGAUUUAUUCGGGCUUGAAUUACCCCGGGGGUCAUUGAUGGGUGGAAGUAGCGGCAUAGCAGCCGGAAACGGAGGUGGUAGUGGUCAAACGGUGAUAGGAUCGCCCGGAGGAUACCGGAACCAUCACCAAUAUCACAGUAACACCCCAUCGCUAUCCGAUCACCCUACUCAUCACCUUCAUCAGUACGACGAUGGAUAUGGAUGUCCCCUAACGAGCACCUCGGUGGACACUCCAGGUUCUCCAAACUCAGUCACUACUCCAGGCAGUCCCGGCACACCUGGCAGUACUUAUUUCAAUCCGUAUACUUUUGUGUCUACUGGAAGCAACGGUACACAAUCCACACCUUUACCGAGCGGUCGUAAUAUGCAGCUACAACUCAUAGGGUCUCCAACAUCUCCGAUUCAUUCUCCGUAUUAUGGAAGAGCAAUACUUGGUUCUCCGUCUUACAGUGACUGCGGGAGCCCAACUCCAGAUUUCAACCCCAGGAUUGGAUGCAGCGUCUCUCGUUCAAAUUCUCCAGCGGAUUCUGAAACUAGUGGCAUCAGCAGUAUGGAUGAAUCUAUGUCCGAUAUUAUGUAUUGUUUGACUCUGAACUCUGGGUCUCAUCCUCGCCAUCCAGAAAAUGUAGGAUCUCUUAUAUCGCCUGAAGCAGAUCUGUUGUCUUCGAGCGGCAGAACAGCUAGCUUUCAACGAAUGACUAGCAAAAAGUACUUGCCACAACAGCAAUCUGUUCAUCAACACUCUCAUAAUCACAUUCGUAAUCAUCCAACCACGCCGAACCAGACCAAAAAUUAUAUGAGCUCAUUCUGGGACUUUGAAAAAAAUCCAACCACGCCGAACCAGAGCAGAAAUUAUUUGGGCUCAUUUUGGGAGUCUGAAAAAAAGAAUUCUUGCUUCGGAAUCAACAGUCAGAUCAUGAGUGUUAACCACUCUGUCCCCAAUACUUCAGAGCAGCACACUUCCUUAGAUCGAGCUGCAAGAUUUCACCGCAAUGCCGCUUCUCUUUACGACGCAACGUGCACCUGGAGUGGUUUAUUACCACAGCGCACUCAGGAUCCGCUUGGUUACUCCUCCAAAGUAUUUUUGGGUGGAGUUCCUUGGGAUAUCACAGAGUCCUUGUUGAUUUCCACUUUCAAACAAUUUGGUCAAAUUCGUAUUGAGUGGCCAGGCAAAGAGCCAUCCGCCACUCAACCCAAAGGAUACGUCUACAUCAUAUUUGAAUCCGAAAAACAGGUGAAAGCCCUGCUAGCAUCCUGUACGCAUGAUUUCACAAAUGGCGGUAGCUGGUACUACAAGAUAUCAUCCAAACGUACCAAGGGAAAGGAGGUUGAAGUAAUUCCUUGGGUUUUGAACGAUAGCAACUAUGUGAAGUCCUCUUCACAGAAAUUAGACCCACAAAAAACUGUGUUUGUCGGGGCUUUGCAUGGAAUGUUGACCGCAAAAGGGCUUGCCAAAAUUAUGAAUGAUCUUUUCGAAGAAGUAAUUUAUGCAGGUAUCGAUACGGACAAAUACAAAUAUCCGAUCGGAUCGGCUCGAGUAACUUUCAGCAGCACACGCUCUUACUUCAAAGCGAUAACCGCCGCCUUCAUAGAGAUAAAAACUGCAAAAUUUACAAAAAAGGUUCAAGUUGAACCUUAUCUGGAGGAUUCAUUGUGCUCAUCAUGUUUCGUUCAACAGGGACCGUACUUUUGUCGUGAACUGGUGUGUUUCAGAUACUUCUGUCGUAGCUGCUGGCAAUGGCAGCAUGCAAUGGAGUCAAUGAGACAUCACAAGCCACGAAUGCGCAGCACCAAGAACCACAGAGUGGUUGGCUUAUCUUCAGGUGCUGUCUUGAAUAACGUAGGAUCCCGUACAUCGAACAUUCUGACCAUUUAAUUACAGCCCAAUAACGUACUCAACUCCUACGUUUAAUUUUAUUUCCUCGGAUUUUUUUUUCCCCCUUUUUUCUCCUCCGGACUAAAGAUGUUUAUGCGGACAUUGUGCCGAUUAUUUUCAAAAAGGUGCAAAUUCAGUUUUACCUGUAGGGUCGCGGGCAGCUGGUCUGACCAAAAAUAGAGUCAGACGUUAGCUGGUUGGCAUAACGAUAAGUUCGUUCGUGUUAUUGUUAAUGAUGAAUAUUUGCAAUGAUCACCGUUGAAGUUCCUAUGUAGGUAAUAUACGAUGAGCACUGAUUUGUUCGUUGAAACAAAAGAUUUUUAUUUAGUAUGUUUAUUUAGAGACUGGUUCUCGUAUUACUAUUUUAACCAAGAGUAUGUAUCGAUGGUACGAUAUUGAUGUUAAGUUCUGUGAAAAUUAUGUUACUCUCCUGUUAAUUGAAAUGCGGGCCGAAAAAGCUUUUAGUGAUAAUAUUUUUACAAGAUACAAUGAUCAUGGUUCAACGUACUAUUAAUUAGUUUCAUAACUAAUUAACUUAUUAGCACAAUUGUUAAUUUCACAAAUCUUUAUAAAAUCACGAAAACUCUAUUAUGCGAUGUUAUGGUUAUUCGAUGAUUAUUUUAACAAGACUCGCAUCAUUAGACAGGCACCAACGCCGAUUACGCUGCUGAGCGACGAAACUCCAUAGCUAUAUUUUUGUUGCUAAAAUAUUUGUCAGCCAUGAUCGUAUCUGGAAUCGUAUAAUGCUAUGCUAUUUUUUGUUAACACCGAGGCCCGCACUCUAUUUUUCUAUCCGCAAUAAUUACUAUUGUUGUUGCCUUAUGGUAUAGUUUUACAUCAGAUUGUACAGUGUAGGGGUGAAACAGAAGUAAGCCCACUGUAGCUAUAACUUAUAAUGUUAAUCAAGUCGAAGCUAUUUGUCAGAGUUCACUGGACUGUUUAACUGUUGACGAAAUGGAAAAGUACAUGGUCUACGAUUCUGGAGCGGAUUGUAGUGAAUUAAUUCCGUUUUUAUUUUUUGUUACCUAGAUGUAUUGUUUUUUUUUUCUUUGCAAAAAGAUUUCACGCCAAUGUUUCUAAUGUUUUGAUAUGAUUUUGUUAAGCAUAUUAAAUUCAUUUUUCACAGAA